AUGUCUGUCCGCCGGCCGUCCCACGCCGGCUCCUGGUACUCGGACGAUGAGGUGACGCUGCAGACGCAGAUAGACAAGUGGCUGGGCUACGUGCCGGAUAAGCUUGAAGGCAUAGGCAGCCUGCCUGUGCCGGGUGCGAGGGUAAUUAUCGCUCCACACGCGGGAUACGCAUACUCUGGACCCUGUGCGGCGUAUGCAUAUAAAUGUCUCGAUCUAUCCAAGGCGAAACGCAUCUUCCUGAUCGGCCCGUCUCACCACCACUACCUGACCACUAUCGCCCUGCCGGAACUGACGGGAUACCGAACUCCCCUCUCCUCCUCCCCACUGCCGCUCGACACGAAGCUGCUAUCCGAACUCCGGGCCAGGUCUGCAGCUCCACGCUUCUCAGACAUGUCUCCCUCCGUCGACGAGGCAGAACACAGCAUGGAACUGCACCUACCAUACAUACACCGCCUGCUACAGCGUCUGUAUCCCUCACAGCCUACGUCAGCAUACCCCCCGCUCGUCCCGAUGAUGGUAGGCAGCACUUCGGCAGCAACAGAGCGCGCGUUCGGCUCCAUCCUCGCCCCGUACUUGGCUGACGAGGAGAACGCAUUCAUCAUCUCCUCGGACUUCUGCCACUGGGGUACGAGGUUCGGGUAUACGUACUACACCACGCAUGCGUUGAGUACGGUCUUUAACCUGCCACUUACGUAUCCCUCUCUGCCUGUGCCAUCGGAUAGCUUGACGGCCGCUAAGGCAGCAGUCGAGGUCGAGGCGGUCUCGUCUGGUAUGGCGUUGAGGGGGAAGGAUAAAACGCAUCGAGCGGCGGGUGCGUGUGCUAUACAUGAGAGCAUCUCCGCAUGUGACGUUGCGUGCAUGUCCGCGAUCGCCAGUGGUGAUACUGACGUGUUUCUAGACUCGUUGAAGAGGACAGGCAACACGGUGUGUGGGCGUCAUCCGAUCGGGGUGGUGAUGGCCGGCAUGGAAGAGUUGCAGCAGGAGGGGCAAGGGAGCGAAGGCGAGGAGGGACUGUGCAAGGGUAAGUUCUACUUUAUGAGGUAUGAGAGGAGCUCCGACUGCUUCUCGGUGGCGGACAGUUCGGUCAGCUACGUCUCUGCCUUUGCCGUUCUGUAG